GCCCUUCGGCGUAACAAACACACCAGUCUGACGGAUCAGCAGGGGUUCCCAACAUGGAUAGUUCGAUGGCGACAGAGAAGGCAGAAGUAGAGCGCAAAGUAGCGCAACUUUGCAAGAAAAUCGACUCCUUCGGCCUCUCAGACGAGGACAUCUAUGGAGUCAGCUCGGUGAAGAAGUUGAGCGGACGCCGUACAACAUGUCGGGGGAAACUCUUCGCUACAGCCGCGGUGCUGGCUGUGGUCGUCGCGGCGGUGGUCGUCGGGCUCGGCACCGGCCUGGUUCCCCCGAAACUGGCGGAACACCUGUUCACCCUCCUGGCAGGGGACAUGGAGAAGGAUCGCUGCAUCGUUACGUACAUAGAGGAAAUCCAAGACUCCUUGCGUCCGCCCGUCAACUGCCAGAUGUGUGCGGGCAUCCAAGAAGUGGACAGGGUUCGGAACAUGACGCCUGCCGAAUUUAUCGCCAGGUACGCCUACACUGCACGGCCUGUGAUAGUGGAGGAUGGGACACAGAACUGGACAGCCUCAGAGUACUUCAGUUUCGACUACUUCAAGUCGGUCUACAAGCCAGACAGCCCGGCACUGCUGAACGAAGAGCACAGCUGCCAGUUCUUCCCGUACAAGACAAACUUCGAGACUCUGGGAGAAGUUUUCAACAUGAGUAAGGAACGGGCGAAUCUUGAAGACGGGUCGGAGCCGUGGUACAUUGGAUGGAGUAACUGCGAUGCAGAGGUGGCCAAUGACCUGCGGCGGCACUACGGGCGACCGUACUUCCUCCCGGCCCAAUCGGAGUCCAGUAGGACUGACUGGAUCUUCAUGGGAAGUCCCGGAUACGGAGCCCACCUGCAUAUUGAUCAUGUUGAUGGGAGAACAUCCUGGCAGGCUCAGGUGAAAGGGACGAAGGAGUGGACAAUCGAGCCGCCGCCGGAGUGUUACUUCGAGUGUCCCCACACAAUAAAGGUUACCGUACACCCAGGAGAAAUAAUUGUGCUGGACACCAACAAAUGGUUCCACAAGACACUGAUCAUCGGAGAUGAGAUGAGCAUCACCAUCGGCUCCGAGUACGACUAGAAAUAAAUGUGGAUCUGACAACAUGAAUGAAAUACCUUAUUUUACAU